UAACUUGUUUUGCCCGUAUUUUUCACAUGGUUUCUUAAAAAACAACUUUAUAGCUUGACCAUGAUCCGAAAUGGGCUUGCAAUUCGGCUUUACCUGUUGUGGGCUAGGAGCCCACUGCCAAUUAGUCAUUAGGGUCAAAGCAUGGUCUAAAGCUAAUCCAAACUGCGAAUCCCGUGACAAAGAAACGGCGUCGUUAAUUCGAACCAGAAAGCCACAAAUUAAAAAAAAAAAAUAAUCGUAUGUGGAAAGGGGAAAGCUCCCUGUUUCGAUUUCUCCGCUGACUUUCCCCGACUCUCACGCCGUGAAUAUCUAAUCGUCCCGCGGCUUUACUAAAACGGAAUUAUCGUCUCGCUUCAAAUGAACUUGCUGGAGAAGCUGAAGAUGCAAAAGAAGGAACCGGGUGAAGAGAAACCACCCAAAGUCGAAGUCCCAGUUUACUGGCUCGAAUCCUCUGAUUCCGUCACUCGCCGUUACGAAUUUGAACCCGACGGCUACCUCUCCGUGAAGCUGGUUAAUGAUUCAAGACCUGUCUACCAUAGGGUGGUGGAAUCUUUCCUAAACAAGUUUUUUCCCACAGGAUAUCCAUAUAGUGUGAAUGAGGGUUACCUUAGAUACACACAAUUUCGGGCAUUGCAACACUUGUCCAGCGCAGCUUUAUCCGUUUUAUCAACUCAGUCAUUGUUAUUUGCUGCAGGCUUGCGACCUACACCUGCACAGGCAACUGCAGUUAGUUGGAUAUUGAAGGAUGGAAUGCAGCAUAUGGGAAAGCUCAUUUGUAGUAAUUUGGGUGCAAGAAUGGACUCAGAACCAAAACGAUGGAGAAUUUUGGCUGAUGUGCUCUAUGAUUUGGGUACUGGUUUGGAAGUUCUUUCACCUCUAUGUCCUCAUCUUUUUCUUGAAGUAGCAGGGCUCGGUAAUUUCGCUAAGGGAAUGGCAGUUGUUGCUGCAAGGGCAACUAGAUUACCUAUAUAUUCUUCAUUUGCCAAAGAAGGGAAUCUUAGUGACCUAUUUGCAAAAGGAGAGGCUAUAUCAACACUUUUCAAUGUUGUUGGAAUAGGAGUUGGGAUUCAGUUGGCAUCUACUCUUUGUUCAUCGAUGCAAGGGAAGUUGGUUUUUGGGUCUCUUCUUUCGGUCGUACAUGUAUAUAGUGUCGUUGAAGAAAUGCGAGCUGCUCCAGUCAAUACAUUGAAUCCUCAGAGGACUGCCAUGAUUGUGGCUGAUUUUAUAAAGACUGGAAAGGUAUCUGGUCCUGCUGAUCUCAGAUACCGGGAAGAUCUCCUAUUUCCUGGACGACUAAUUGAAGAUGCUGGGAAUGUGAAAGUAGGAAGGGCUUUGCGCAAGGUUGUCAAGCCUUCAAAACUUGAGGAAUGGAAAGAAAUAUUCCCUGAAGAGAAGUUUGUUUUGAGUCAUGGAAAUAAAUGGACUGACAUGUUGUUAGAGCAUAAUGCUAUAGGAGAAGAUGCACUAAGAGGAUGGCUAGUUGCUGCGUAUGCUGCAAGUAUGGAGAAGUCCUUCCAUGAGCCUAGUGUUAGUGUCUUGCAAGAUGCUUAUGACAAGAUGAAUAGUAUGUUCACUCCAUUUUUGUCUGAGCUGCAGGCCAAAGGUUGGCAUACUGAUCGUUUUCUUGAUGGAACAGGAAGCCGUUUUGCAUUUUAAAUAGUAUUUCAUAGUUUACCCAACACUCUACUCCCAAGAAAGAAGAUAUACAUUGCAGAAACUGAGCAGGAACAGGGGUCAAGGCCAUUUUUGCAUUUUACAAAUAGGAUUGCAUUUGUUUUAGAGAGGUAGUGAUGUAACUUGCACUAACAUGGAUAUGAAUUUUUGAAUGAAAAAUACAGGGAAAAUCAUCACUGUUUGUUGUUUAA